AUGACACAGGAGCUGAGCUUCCAAAAAUUUAUUGAACAAUCUGACUUACUAGGAGAACUUAAAUAUGACUUCAAUGAAAAAGCUGAAUUCAGACACACUGAGACACAAAGGCCUUUUGUCUUUAACUAUUAUGAAAAUGUCCUUGAGAAAAAUAGCAUGCGCUACCAGGCCCUUGGCCAUUUGCUUGAACAAUACAUUUAUGAGCUUUUGGAGAAAGUGUGCAAAUUAGAAAAAGUAUAUAUCCCACCUGAGGCUGAUAAAGAAGAACAAAGAAGCUUCUUUUUCAUGAGCGAGAAAGCAUUAACAAAUCACCAUUCUGCUCUUCUUGUCCUUCUUCAAGACCAUGGGGUCUUUCGAGCCGGUCAGUGGAGUCAGCAGGCAAUAAUACAUCAUGGUCUCCAACAUGGAAGUCAGAUACCAUGUAUUCAAAUGGCUAUGCAGGCACAUUAUGAUGUAAUUGUGCUAAACCCCAAUGAUAAUUUUGUGGAACUAAAGAUGGAAAAAGAGUGGAAAGGCCUUUUAACACAAAAUAUUGAGCCUUCUCUAAAAAUGGUUCAAGGUGGGAGCUUUUUCUCUCUCCAGAAUCCUCCCAAAUGCAUUCCAAAAAGAUGCAGCAACACCCCUGAAGAACACAUGGCUUACAUAUGGGAUUACUUCAUUUCAAAGACUGAAGACAAGGAUAUUGCCUUCAUUGUACAUGGUUAUGGAGGCUUGGUUUUUAUGGACUUGCUUGUUCGUAGAAGGUGGGAAGUGAUGAGCAAAGUAUAUGCUGUUGCACUUAUUGACUCUGAACAUCAUGUAGGACACCAGCUGGGAAGUGAUGUACAAUUAUUAGCAUGGAUAAAGCACCACUGCCGUGAAUGGGUGACAAGUCCUAAGCCUUUGGAUAAACCUACAGCUACUGUUUUCAAAAAGGAAUUUCCUAUGGUUUCUGCUGGUACAGAAAAGUACAGCUUAGCCCCUUCCUCUAGCCUUCAGUCAAUUUUUAAGUACUUUAAAAAAGCUUUAAAAGCCAGAACAACCAUUAAUUUCUCCCGAAUGCCAAUAGUGACUAGAAGCUCCACCAAAAGAAAGCAAAGUGCUUAA